AGUGUCCUGCCGUUCUUCGUGGCCACCAAGCUGAGUAAGAUCCGGCAUGCCACACUGGACAAGCCCAACCCUGACCGCUAUGUGGCCGCAGAGCUCAACACGGUGGGGCUGCAGAGCCAGACCAACGGCUACCUGCCUCACGCAGUAAUGGGCUGGCUGACCACCGUGCUGUGCCCUGCCAGGCUCCUGAACAGCUACAUCAUGGGGUUACACCUGGGGAUGCGCUCACGCUACCUGAAGAAACAGAAGCAGGGAUAGAGAUCCUAUCAGGGCAAAGGAGGUGUGGAGAGAAAGGAGACCAACAGGAAUCCACCUGCUUCGUUCUUGCAUACCCCUCACAGACCAAGGACAGGGCUGGAAAACUGCUAGUGUGUGUUCAAGUUAGUCUACUGUGUUCUCUGGCUUGGGUAAUCAUUUCUAUGGAGGGACUUCCUGGAGUUGAAACAUUGACCAGGCACUUAAACAUAAUGCACUAAGUUAAAUUAAACUGUUAAAAAUGUUAUUGUGGACAGGUAUUAGGAGCUGCACUUGUGAACUACCACUUCAAAAAACAAUACUAGUUGCAACUUAUUCCUUCAAAAUGUUUUAUUGUUGGAGUUGUGUUGAAUUCAGAAAAACCAAAUAUGGAAAGAAAUGAAUUUGAGUCAUUCUGAAACUCAAUUGGCAAAGGGCAGGAAAAUAAAUGUUCUCCCUGGAUUGCUUUACAAUGAAAAGGUUGUGUACAAAUCAUGUAUUAAUGAACCUACGAAAGGGAGGAUAAGGAGACCGAGUUAACGGGACCGUUCCUUUUUGAAUACUGGAUGGAUUGAUGUCCAGUUUAGAAGGUUGUGUGUCUGCUAGCAUGUCAGUAUGGUAGGUAGGUAACACCAGAAACUAGGGAAUGGGUUGAGUUAGCCCGCUCUUGUUUGAACUGACUGGUCUUCAAUACAGAAGGGACACAACUUACAAGCCAUUCUCUGGUCAUCAAGGCAGCGUCUCAACAACAAAGUAGAUACAAGCUGUUUAACAGUUCAGCCCAUUUACUGUUGAACCAAAUGUCUUGUCCAACUGUUUUGUUCUCGUUACUUUCUAUCAAGCAGUCAGUGGCCCGUUAACAGAUGUUUCUUAACAUGCUUCACACGCUGUGUGUUUUUUGAACUCUAAGCAUUUGGUUGUACAGCGUAAUGCCACUCAUCUUACUCCAUGAGCUCACCAAGGUGACACAUUAAUAUUGUCUUCUGUUUGGUUGUUAAUGAAAGCUUUGCAUUUGAUUGUUUUAGAUGCAUUUAAGUAACAAGGUCUUUAACAUUGUACGGUUUGGUCGAGAGCUCGUGUAUAUUCCCAGUCUGUCAUGCUCGCCUCAAUAAAACACUGUUCAACCAUC